AUGUUUGUCCAACUUAACAUGCUGCUUCCUGUCGAUCAGGAGGUCUGUGAUCCACCUGCAGGUGGAGUCAAACAUGCUCACCUGGGAGAGCUUGUCCUGCAGCAGGGCCGGGAUGAGGGUGCUGAAAGGAUGAAACGGAGAAGAAGAGAUGGACUCAAACGUCACCACUGUCAGCACUGUGACAAAUCCUUCACAACAUCUGGAUCUUUAAAGAUUCAUCAGAGAGUUCACACUGGAGAGAAACCGUACAGCUGUGACCAGUGUGGGAAAGCUUUCACUAAAUCAGGUAACCUAAAAGUCCACCAACAAAUUCACACUGGAGAGAAACCAUACAGCUGUGACCAGUGUGGGAAAGCUUUCACUCAAUCAUCUAAACUAAAAAUCCAUGAACGUGUUCACACUGGAGAGAAACCGUACAGCUGUGACCAGUGUGGGAAAGCUUUCACUCAAUCAUCUAAACUAAAAAUCCAUGAACGUGUUCACACUGGAGAGAAACCGUACAGCUGUGACCAGUGUGGGAAAGCUUUCACUCAAUCAUCUAAACUAAAAAUCCAUGAACGUGUUCACACUGGAGAGAAACCGUACAGCUGUGACCAGUGUGGGAAAGCUUUCACUCAAUCAUCUAAACUAAAAAUCCAUGAACGUGUUCACACUGGAGAGAAACCGUACAGCUGUGACCAGUGUGGGAAAGCUUUCACUCAAUCAUCUAAACUAAAAAUCCAUGAACGUGUUCACACUGGAGAGAAACCGUACAGCUGUGACCAGUGUGGGAAAGCUUUCACUCAAUCAUCUAAACUAAAAAUCCAUGAACGUGUUCACACUGGAGAGAAACCGUACAGCUGUGACCAGUGUGGGAAAGCUUUCACUCAAUCAUCUAAACUAAAAAUCCAUGAACGUGUUCACACUGGAGAGAAACCGUACAGCUGUGACCAGUGUGGGAAAGCUUUCACUCAAUCAUCUAAACUAAAAAUCCAUGAACGUGUUCACACUGGAGAGAAACCGUACAGCUGUGACCAGUGUGGGAAAGCUUUCACUCAAUCAUCUAAACUAAAAAUCCAUGAACGUGUUCACACUGGAGAGAAACCGUACAGCUGUGACCAGUGUGGGAAAGCUUUCACUCAAUCAUCUAAACUAAAAAUCCAUGAACGUGUUCACACUGGAGAGAAACCGUACAGCUGUGACCAGUGUGGGAAAGCUUUCACUCAAUCAUCUAAACUAAAAAUCCAUGAACGUGUUCACACUGGAGAGAAACCGUACAGCUGUGACCAGUGUGGGAAGGCGUUCAUUACAUUAGGUGAACUAAAAAUCCACCUACGUGUUCACACUGGAGAGAAACCGUACAGCUGUGACCAGUGUGGGAAGGCGUUCAUUACAUUAUGUCACCUACAAACUCACAGACGUGUUCACACUGGAGAGAAACCGUACUGGUGUGAACAAUGUGGUAAAUUGUUUUCUCAGAGUAGUCACCUUAAAGUCCACCAUCGCAGUCACGCGUUGCUUCGCUGUGAACAUUUUUCAGAGCCAAGCUAGCUGUUUCCUCCUGCCUCCUCCUCAUGUCCUGAUAGCUGUGUUGUUAUAUUCUGAGCUUCUCUACAAACUGAGGGAGAGACAACAUUAACUUUAUAUUCUGAGCAGCAUGUAUCGUGGCUGCGACUACAUACUGUCCUGCUCCUCCUCUCCACAAAAUCCUGUUGUCGGAGCACACAAUGAGGCCACGCCUCCCACCCUCUCCCACUCUGGAAGAAGUGGGUCAGAGCCAGGCUAGCUGUUUCUACUGAGUCACUCUGUUUUAUUGAUUGCUGAUCCACUUGGAUUUUUAUUUUCAUUGCUGAAAAGUCCACGAUGAUUUCAUCAAAACACCUGUUUUGUCCAGAACUUCAAUCCUGGAUAGAUCAGGCAAAGUUUUAUUUAUUUACUUAUUAGUAUUUUAUUGUGUUUACUGUAUUCAGUAAUAAUAUAAGUAUAAGUAUAAUAAGUAUUAAUGUAUUGUGUUUAUUGUUGUUUACACUUUAUUGUGUCAAUACAUUGAAACAUUUCCUGUUUUUUAAUAGUCUACACAGUUUUAGACCUUUGUAGUUUUUGUUAAGUAUAGUAUAGUAAACAUGUAUGAUUGUAUUUCCUGAAAGAGAGAACUUUAUUGAUCUGAACUCAAGACAGCCGAAUGUCUGAAAAUAAAUUUUAAAUAGUACAUGUUGGAUCAGGCGUCCAUUUGAGGCGGCUGUGACUUAGAGGUGGAGCGGGUCGUCCACCAAUCCGAAGAUUGGCUAUCGAUCCCCGGCUCAAGAAUUCAGUGUCUUGCCCAAGUGUGUGCUGAAUUUGGCCGUUUCACUGCAGGCCUGUUAAAAUGGGUAAAUAGUUUAUAAACGUGCAGAUAGUGUCUCUGAAUACUCUGGAUACGUACGAUAUAUCAAAAAAUGUGGGUUCUGUUUCCUUGUUAAAUGUUUUCCAAAACUUUACUAUUGAUCUGUUUAUUGUGAUUAAUAAUUACAUUAAGUUAUACUCUGUCCCCUUUAACUUUAUCGUCUGUUACAUACUUGGUGAUUUUAAUGUUUGUGUAACAUUGAUUCUGUACAUGGUUUAAUUGAUGACAAGAAUAAAAACAUAGAGAGAGAAUUUUA